AUGCAACAUUGUUGCCGUCGUCGUCGCCGUUGUUGUUGCUACUGCUUUAACUGCUGUCUGAUAUGUAUCCUGUUCAUUCUGUAUCAGUACAUCGCAAUCGUCAACGGUAUCGUCCGUGCAGGCACAGCUAGCGCACAUGAAGCUUUGAUAGGAUACGAAAUUUGCUACAAAUAUUGCCCAAAUGACAUCUACAAAAAAUGUACUGCAGAAUUAGAUUACGAUCAAACCUCAUGGUCAUAUUACUGUGCUGACGAUGUUGAUGAACUACCAGUCAAAGGAAUUAAUUAUGAACAAAAAUUUUUAGAUUACUGGGAUUACUCGUCAAGUUUCAAUAUCAAAAAGAACUCACGCCAACCAGUUGAACUAAAGAAUAGGAUUGGUCAGAAUAAAUAUCAGGAGAAGUACAAAGCCAGAUUACUGAAAGCUUUUGGGAUGCGACCAGACUUGAAGCAAUUCAGUCAAGCAUUAAGUGAUUACGGGAAACAUUUGUCAGGUCCAAGAGAGAGCUUCUGA